CCACGCUCAGCAGUCGUAGAGUGGAUCGCAUGGAGAUAUAGCGGAGUCCCACGGAGGGGAUAAGAGCUACACUAUCCCACUGUUACAGAGGAUACCACAGUGUCGCGCGUGGAUUAAUUUGUAUUUUUAUAUAUUUUUUCCGUUCUGGACAUUGGAUUUUACGGCGUUUCGCUCCUGUAAUGUUUAAGGAUCCUACAAAGGCUGUCGUUCUCCAUCCCUGUUGGACGGCAGCGGCUGGUCUGAAUACGGAGCUGAAUUAAAGAGAAACCAGGAUUUAGGCCCCCGGGCCAGGGGACCCCUGAAGGAAUGCUAGCAGCCAUGCUGCGCCAGAGCUCCGGUGGUGGAGCCGGAUCGGGUGGUGGCAGCGGGGGUGUCGGUGGAAGUAAACUCUCUCUAGGCAUCUCUCGCCUCUCUAGCUCCAGCUUGGGUUCGGGCGGCAGCUCCUCCAGGUUAACCAAGACCAACUCGGUCAGCUCUGACAACCAAGACGCGGCCCCUUCGGACCCGCACUACAUCAUGCAGCUUGUCAGCGACGUACGCAAGUUUGCAGACGUGCUUCUGCAGCUCAAAGAGGUGUUUAACUCCAAAGAGCACCAGGAUUGCCUUCAUCAGGCAGUCCAUGAGCGACUCGGCGAGCUCCUGCGAGUCCUGAAGGCCAUCAUCAAGAAGCACCAGAGCCUCAACUCUGUGGACAUCCUAAGCAAAGCUGGAACAGUGAUCGCCACUGUCAAAGGUGUUAACUUCAAUGAGGUGAAUGAGGAGAACAAACAGAAGCUUUUUGGUGAGAUCUACUCUGCUAUUGACACAUUGGCGUUCACCUUUGGCAAUGUAGUGUCUGACUUCCUUAUGGGAGAUGUAGAGAAUGGAUCGGUGUUGGGGCUCCCCCUGACUAAGAGAUGUAGGUCUUCUGAGAACCUUUCUGUGGAAUCUGGUGGAUCCGGUCCUGAGAAAGAUGAUCCACCAGGGCCUUCUCCUCCGGUUCGGCCCGAAGAAGUGGACAGGACCCUGCAGCGACAGGACAGCGGAGUGGAGUCAGUGCUGCUCUAUGCCAAGGCGUGGUCCAAGUACACCAAGGAGCUCCUGGCAUGGGUGGAGAAAAGGCUUAGUGUGGAUAUCGAGUGUGCCAAAAGUUACGCCAAAAUGGCAGAAACUGCCAAGACGCUUGCAAGUCAGCAGGAGUUCAUGCCGUUCCACGAGACGUACACCACUGCCUUCAAAAACGACAUUGAAUACAGUCAGCUGGUACUUCAAACCGCAGCAGUACUCCAAAGCAACAAAUUUGUCCAGCCUCUCCAGGCCAGAAAGAAUGAGCUGGACAAACUACGGAAAGAGGUCAAAGAGCAGUGGCAGAGAGAGCAGAAGAAAAUGCAAGAGGCAGAGAGCGCUCUGAGGAAGGCCCGGCUGCUGCAGGCCCAGCGGCAGGAGGAGUACGAGAAGGCCAAGGUGAGCACCAGCCGCCUGGAGGAGGAGCAGAUAGCAGGAGGAGGGAGCGCAACUGCAGCCAAGCAGCUGGAGAAGAGGAGAAGGCUGGAGGAGGAGGCCCUGCAGAAGGCGGAGGAGGCCAGGGAGCACUGCAAAGCCUGCCAGGUUGAUGUGAGCGUGAAGAGAGUGGACCUGGCUAACACCAAGAGUGAAAUCAUCACUCAGAUCAGAGAAAUGGUCUCCCAGUGCGACCUCACCCUCAAAGCUGUCACCGUCAACUGGUUCCAGCUCCAGCAGGCCCAGGUGGUGUCUUUACCCAUCAACCACCAGAGUCUGUGUGAAAAUGCCAAGCAGUACGAACCGGGCCAGCGUUACAUCGAGUUCGUCAGGAGUUUGCCGGCUGACGGGCCUCGCCUGGAGACGCAGUCGUCGGAUUCAACUGUCACUCAUAACGCCUGGCUGCCUUUAAACAAGCGUUCUCUGAGCGGCAGCCACUCGUCUCACAGCAAUCUGUCGCAGAUGUCCGUCACCUCUGACGUUCUGGGUGGGGAAGACGUGGACGGUCAAAGCAGUAGCCAGCACGCCAAAAUAGCAGAGAGACGCUCCAAUGGAGGCACUGAUAUCCAAGCACUUCGAAUCCAGGGUCCCUUUCGUCCCUGGGCUUCAGCCAGUCAGGGCGGAGGGAUGUGCAGCGACACAGAGAGCGCUGGAGGGAGCAGCGAGUCACGCUCCAUGGACUCCCCCACUGCAAGUCCAGGGGAUUUCAAGAGAAGGUUGCCAAGAACUCCCUCUACGGGUACCAUGUCGUCUGCUGAUGACCUGGAUGACAGAGAGCCCCCCUCCCCGCUGGAUAACGGUUUAAGUGAGAUGAUAAUAGAGACAGCCAGCUCCCCAGGACCAUUCAGAAACACCCAGAUGUCCAAAGCAGCUCAGACACACAAGCUGAGGAAGCUUCGCGCUCCGUCCAAAUGCAGAGAAUGCGACAGUCUGGUUGUGUUUCAUGGAGCAGAGUGUGAGGAGUGUUCCCUGGCCUGUCACAAGAAGUGCCUGGAAACCCUGGCCAUCCAGUGCGGCCAUAAGAAGCUGCAGGGCAGGCUUCACCUGUUCGGCAUCGACUUCACCCAGACCGCCAAAAACACCCCUGAUGGCGUCCCCUUCAUCAUCCGCAAAUGCACAUCUGAAAUAGAGAACAGGGCGCUUAAUAUCAAGGGGAUCUACCGCGUGAACGGUGCCAAGUCCCGGGUGGAGAAGCUGUGCCAGGCGUUUGAGAAUGGCAAAGACCUGGUGGAGCUGUCUGAACUGUACCCCCACGACAUCAGCAACGUUCUCAAGCUCUACCUGAGACAGCUUCCAGAGCCGCUCAUCCUGUUCCGUUACUACAACGACUUCAUCGGUUUGGCCAAGGAAUGCCAGAGUAUCAUCGUGGAAGAACUUGAAGCCCAGCGGCUCAGUCCAGAAAGCAUCACAUCCACCCAGGUCAGCGUGGAGCUCAACAGGGCGUUGUUCAAAAUCAAGGAUCUGCUGAGACAGCUGCCUCCGCAGCAUUACAAGACCCUGCAGUUCCUCAUAGAGCAUCUUCACAGGGUGAGCGAGUGUUCGGAGGAAAACAAGAUGACUGCCAGUAACCUCGGCAUCAUCUUCGGCCCAACGCUGAUCAAGCCGAGGCAGGCGGACGCUGAGGUUUCCCUCUCCUCGCUGGUGGAUUACCCCUACCAGGCACUUAUUGUGGAGCUUCUAAUCCGACACUACCAGAUGAUUUUCGACACCCCCCUCAGCCCUCUGCGUCACACCUCAGCCACAGAGGCGGAUUCUCACCCCCGCCUCAGCCAGCAGGAGAAGGAGCAGCUGAGCAGACACUCCAAGUCGCUGGGAGACAUCAAAGAGCAGAGCUCAAAGGUGUUUAAGAGGCAUUCCUCUGUAAUUCCUUCUGCGCACUUAUUGGCUGAGGUACAGGAGACCGCAUCAACGCUCGAUGGAAGUGAUUUUGAACCCGGAGACGAGGUGGACUCGGCGACUCUUAAUGGGAUGCUGUCAUCAAGCGUCCCUGAGAUCCCCAAACCCGGGGAGAAGGGUCUCUGCCGCUCCCAGAAGGUCACUGUCAGCAGGGUCCAGCUGCGACACCCCCGCAGCAAACUGUCCUCCCGGCCAAUGAGCAUGCCGGCCGAGCGGGUUCUCGGCCGAGGCCAGGUGGAUGAGAACAACACCCGGAACAGCGCCACCUGGGAGAACAAGAAGGGAGGUAGCUGCGACCAGUCCAUCGAAGAGGUGGACGAGACUGAGAAUACCAAACUGCGCGCCGGCGCUCAUUACAGGAGCACAUUCAUCGACACGCAGACGCUGAGGAGAACAUGGGACAAACAGUAUAAAUACGAAGUGGCCUCCAGAGCCGCCAGGCUGGCAGCCAGCUCCCCUUCUGAAAGCUCAGAGCUGGACGGCAGCAGCUUAUCGUCGUCUGUGCCGUCUGCGUUAAACCUCGGGACGGCAGGGACCACCAUCAGCACCAUAUACCCCAACAGACCGUACACGGUGGCGGUUCGACCCAGCAGGACUCUAAAGAGGGAGGACAACGUGUCAAAGAACAGCACGAUCGCCACAGUUUUCAGAGCUCCAAGGACUCUGCAGCCUCCUCCAGGAACCUUCUACAAGCCUCCUUCUAGGAGCAAAGCCAAGGGGCUGCAGAGCUGCAAGUUAGCUAACAGCGCUGAGGAGGAAGAAGACGAGGAGGAUGACGACGACGAGGAUGAGGAUGAUGACGAGGAGGAGGAGGAACUGGGCAUUGAAAUAGAGGUUUCAGUAGACGAGCCUCUGGAGGAAGCCGACCAGGCGUCCAUGUCUCAGUCCCCCAGCUCCAGCCCUGAAGAAAUGGGGCCAAACCAGACCAAACCAGUAUACCAGAGACUGCGGCCGCGGCGCCUCCAAGAGGUAGAACACAGAGAGGCUCAUUUUGUCUGAAACUUCUGAGCUGUGAGCUAAAAUAGGCUGCGCUUGAAGCCCAAUGAGUUCCAUAUCAUCCCAAAAAAGGAGAAGAUGCUGGAAGCAGCAGAGAUAUUCAUCCCCAAAUAAACAGGACGCACUUAAACUACUACAGAUACUUCAAUCCUUAUCCCGUCACUCGCUCAGAACACCAUAUUUAUAAUUUCUAUAAAACUGUGCAAUUAUGUUUUUAUAUAUAUAUAUAUAUAUUUUGUACAAAGUUUCUACAGAUUCAUUAUGGAUGUUUGUUUUAAUGCCAAAAAAGUUGGGUGGGAAUCAUUGGAUUAGUGCUAAUAAUUGAAAGUACAACACUGAAAACAAUCCAGUGCACUUAAACCCGACAUGAAUACUCUUCUGCAGAUCCGAUGGAGCUGUGUUUUAUCUACUGUGAGAAGGAGUGUUUUAAUCUGUUACAAGAAGGUUAUUGCUCUAAUGAUUUGUGUAUAAAGCUGGUGAAAUACUGCAGACAUCCACAUUUGAUAGUGGAGUUCUGUAAAGAGAAAGGAUCGCAGAAGCUAGUGAUCCUUUUGCUUUUACAUUUUUAAACUUGGAUGAUGCCAACUUGUCUGACAAGUUUUUGCUUUGUGUUUUUUUUUACAGUUGCCACUAAUUUGUUUUUCACUUUUUUUUUUAUAUCACCUCGAAAGUUUAAUAGCCAAAGCUGUAUUUUUACAAAACGUAGUCGUAUCAGUAACACAGACCUUACAUGUUCAUUGUAAUAGGAAGAACACCCUUUUAUUUAAGCAGUUUUUAUUUUCUUUGUAACGUUCAUGUGUAAUAAAAUGUUCAAAGGUUCAUUUGUAAAAAGAAAAAAAAAGGAGAAAAAAACAGGUACAUUUAAACAA